AUGUCAACGGCAAUCCCACUACUCUCGUCGCGCCAUGUGGCAGUGAUCGGCGCCGGGGCCGCCGGUCUAGUUGCGGCACGCGAGCUCCGACGAGAAGGGCAUCGAGUGGUGGUUUUCGAGCGAGGAGACCAAGUAGGUGGCGCGUGGGUCUACACUGCAGAGGUGGAAUCGGAGCCACUUGGGUUGGACCCAAAGCGAAGGUUGGUCCACUCGAGCCUGUACGAGUCGCUCCGAACGAACCUUCCUCGAGAGUUAAUGGGGUUCCGAGAUUACCCAUUCGGAAGGAAGGAAGGGAAUGGGAGAGAUUCGAGAAGGUUCCCAGGUCACAGAGAGGUGUUGAUGUAUUUGAAGGAUUUCGCUGCUGAUUUUCAGAUCGAUGAAUUGGUGAGGCUUGAAACGGAGGUGGUUUUUGUUGGGUUGGGUGACGGUGGAAAAUGGACGGUCAGAUCAAGACCAUCCAAUUGUGAUUGUGUGGAUGAGAUUUACGAUGCCCUCGUCAUUUGCAACGGACAUUACGUUCAGCCUCGUCUCGCUCAUAUCCCCGGCAUUAAUGCAUGGCCAGGGAAGCAGAUGCAUAGCCAUAAUUAUAGGACACCUGAGCCCUUUCAAAAUCAAGUUGUAGUUAUAAUAGGCAGCGCUGCUAGUGCGGUUGAUAUAUCUCGAGACAUCGCAAAAGUAGCUAAAGAAGUUCACAUUGCUGCUAGGUCAGUUGAAGAAGAUAAGCUUGGAAAGAUGCCUGGUCAUGAUAACAUGUGGCUUCAUUCUAUGAUUGACAGCGUUCAUGAAGAUGGUUCAGUGGUUUUUAAAGAUGGAAAUGCAGUUGGUGCUGACUUCAUUGUACAUUGCACAGGGUACAAGUAUGAUUUCCCUUUCCUUGAAACCAACAGCGCGGUGACUGUGGAUGACAACCGUGUAGGACCACUCUACAAGCAUGUUUUUCCACCGGCGUUGGCUCCAUGGCUUUCAUUUGUUGGGUUGCCUUGGAAGGUUGUUCCCUUCCCCGUGUUCGAACUGCAAAGCAAGUGGAUAGCUGAAAUUUUGUCUAAUCGCAUUGCACUUCCUUCAAAAGAGGAGAUGGUUGAAGAUAUUGAAGCUUUUUACUCAUCACUUGAAGCGUCUGGCACUCCUAAGAGUUAUACUCAUAAUAUGGACCAUGCCGAGUGGGAUUACAAUAACUGGAUUGCGGAUGAGUGUGGAAUUCCUGCUAUCGAAGAAUGGAGGGUGCAAAUGUGUAUGGCCACAUCUAAGAACAGGCUCUUGCGAUCUGAGUCUUACCGUGACGAGUGGGAGGAUGAUGACUUAGUUCUGCAAGCUCAACAGGAUUUUGAUAAUUAUCUGAUCUGA